AUGGAUGGACCCAAGGUAUUGUCCAAGAGUCUGAAGCAGCAAAGGCGUCGCGUAGUUUGGCCAGACGCGAUUCGCGUGAAAGCAAAACUGGGCUCGACAAGAGCAAAAGUGGAGUUGUUGGAUGGUGAUGCUGGGUUGUUCAGCAGUUCCGAGACCCUCAUUGGCGAAGAAACGAUAUACAUUAUGAAAAUGCUAGCCUACUACAUCGAAACUUCUCCUGCUAAUCGUCCUCACAUACGACUUAAAAAUGACCUGCUCGCCAAGUAGGAAGAAAACCUCUACUUCUAACGGUUACCUUCGUCCCGGUAUGAACAACUGGCUCCAUUUCUAUGGUGGUGCGAUCGCUGCUACGAAUGAGGAUGUUUCAUUGGCGAUGAUCAAGGGCGGUGCCGUAGGACCUGCAAGUACGUACAGAGGCUCCUUGUGCGUCCAUUUCAGCACUCGAGCGAAAGCACCAGCAAGUCUGUGGCCGCCACACGUGCCGCAGUUGAGUUAGGGCUAAGCAGAAUAAUUCAUCUUCUUCACAAACUUCACAAAGUAGUUCUACCCUGCACAAGUAGGGCUAAGUAGAAUAAUUCAUCUUCUUCACAAACUUAGAAGUAGUACCCUACACGACAAGCCCGAACCCUACACAACCCCCGAAAGUACGUCUCUCAGAUACAGAUUUCCUCCGUUGGGGCGCUGAGACUAUAUAAAAUAUAAUGAACGUAGAAGAUGAAUUAUGGUGAGCUCCAAUCGAGGGGCUAUUCCCGUGCCCAACUUGUGGUGAAGAUGUACCGAGGUCUGUAUUUGCAGGAGUUAGCGCCGCCUGUUGGCGAGCCGCCUCGAAAAUGCACCUUGUACCUGCAAGUCCCGUCAGCGUCUUUGCCGGUAGUUGUUACAACUAGGGAUCUACUUAUAUAGAUAAAGAUAUAGUGUCGUCAGCGUCUUUGCCGGUACUUGUUACAACUAGGGAAGAUCUAUAUAGAUAAAGAUAUAGUGUCCAUGAAGAACAGGACUUUGAAUCAAACACUUCGCAUCCUCCUCUGGUCAACGGUACUGUGCUAGCUGUAGCAUCACGACACGUGAUCCACGUGAAAGCAAAUAUUACAAAUCCCACAGCCACAGGACCGCCUCAGAGGCUUGAUGGAAGUCCUCACUACAUUCUCACUCCAUAGAAAUACUGGUCUUAGAAAAUCACAGUCCUAGGCUCGUCUUAUUAUAAGGAAUUGCUUCAAAAAAUUUAAAUAUAUCAACACAGGUCCGCCUCACUGCUUCUCAAGUAGCCAGGCUACCUGCUUACAACCGCUUGCAAGACCCAGAACUGAGAGUCAUCAAGCCGACGAAUCCGAAUAUUCUAUUAAGGAUUGGAAGUUGACCUGCUAUCGUCUGAUGAAAGCUGCAUAGAGUCUGAGUCUAUAAUGACCUCUGUCGACCUCCUAUUUUCUAAAAGGACAGGAAAGUGAUAGGUCCUCUUCCAUAUGCGUCGAGGUAGAAGAUCGGUCAAGAACUUGCAAGAACUACCUCUUCCGACCCUUAUAAGUAUAGCCUUUCCGGGAGAAAUAACCGAUGGAGGGAUGCUGAACUUCCUAGUAGGGGACGAAGAAAGGCAAUUAGCCAAGUUGAGGACGGGUGGAUGCCUAGGGAUGUGCAAGAGGAUCGAAUUGCCAGUUAUGAGAAGAAAUUUUCUCUCUUGCAUCUUUGAUGCCACAAAGGACCAGCUGCACUGGCCUGACGACAUCAAACCGGACAACUAGGACAACUUAGACCUCACUUAUAAUAUUCUUUUGUACUGAGUGGCGAUGCCUCCAUCUAUCCACAACAUCAUUUGAAGGGGCUCCACCUUUAGAUGGGGAGAUCAUAAGCUUAAGCACCUCAGUGCACUCUUUUGUUUGGCGGCUUUUGUUUGGCACUCUUUUGUUUGGCGGUUCGUUCGACUGGUAGAAGUAGAAGAGUCAUAUUGCUAGAUGAGAAAGAACUAUCUGGCGUUUCUGCUCUAAAGAGAAAGACGAAGAAGAUGAUCCAACCAGGCCGCUUUUCUAUGUGGAGCGCAAGUCUUUGCCCUUCCCCAUACUGCCGAACGUGGAUAGAUGCUUCAUGUACCUCCAGAUCGAUGAGAUGCCUGAGGAGCCCCCUCGCGUGUUUGGCGUGAUGCAUCUACUGGAGAGGUCGACAGACCCCCUCAAGUUACGGGCUUCUUCUAAUCUCUAUUUUUUUAUAGAUGAGAAAGAUGCCUCAACAAGAGAAGUAAUGUCUGUGCAUCUGAAUACAUCAAAGAAGAUAGUAACGCAUACUAGAAGUUGUACAACUAGACCAUGAUCCUUGGCACCUUUCCACAUUACAUUCCCCAGUACUGAGAAGACCAACCUUCUGAGAACUUCUUCUGCAAUGUUCUGAGAACUUCUUCUGUAAGAAUUGCAUAACCUCUAACAAAGAGCGAAGAGACGAUGGCCUCGAGUGGUGGCGCGGUCGCGAAAAGGGACCCGAUUGGGGAAUUGAAGAUUAUGCCGAAGCAAUUUAGUAGUGUUACUAGACGGUGAUCCUGGCCUAGAAUAGAGGACCAGCGUGGUAUUAGACAGUGAUUUUGGCCUAGAAUAGAGGACCAACGUGCACCUCCUAGAAUUGAAGAGAUUUCUUUUAAGUAUUUUGUGGAUUACUAGUAGUGUUAAUGAUCUCAAUAAUCCUUACAUUUUAUUUUAGUUAUUCUCGUUAAUAGCUGGAUUGAGAAUGUCCUUCUCUUGUUGACUAGUAAUCCCAAGAAAGAGACUAAUUCAUUCCGGAAAAGACACGUACGUAAAUCAAUGCAUGUCCGAGCUUAUUUCACGAUGAGCGUUAUCUAGUAAGUAGAUGAGUAGUUACAUUGGAAGUAUAAGUAAGUAUGCAAGUAAGUCGCUGAGCGCGGCAAUGCAUCGAGAUCUCCGGCUCCUGCAGCCUUAAUAAUCACAUCCAGCGGUACCUGUUAUUCUCCUCAGCUGGAUUGAGAUUGUCCUUCUCUUGUUGCCAAGGAUUUCGAUUUCUAAUCUCCGAAAGAGCGAGGCAGAUGCAAGAAAAAAACUGCAGGAGACGCAAGAUCAGCAAAGAAGCGUGCCAGUGUGGGAACGAUUGAGGUGGGAUUUGAGCGUAUUCACACCUCCAGACGCGGCAGUCUUUGAGACGGGAAUCGUCGGUCGCGUUCUCUGUUCUGCACGUUUGAGCGAGGACAUACCUGAAGACGACUGGGAGGAACUGGACGACUUAGAAAUGAACGUCAAACCACCACUAUGAAAGGAAGAAGUCUACUCAACAUAUUGCUCAGUCACAAGAAAAGCGUGACCCAUUAUAGUUAUACUCAAGAAAUCUACUAGGACGUGAGUUCUUGGGAGAAAGGAGCUACAGCUAGCUAGGGCCUCUGGUACUGGAGGAAAGUAGUUAUAACUGUUUUUUGAGUCCAGGUCUACUGUUGAGUCGAGUCUUCCUAUCUUCAUAACCAUCCAACAAAAGCGUCGGACCCGAGGAAAAACUAGCGGAUGAAGACGAAGACAGACCCAACAGUGUACGUAGUCGCCAGCAGAAGCCACAGGCGUUGGAAAUAUUGCCGAAAACUUAAGGCAGCUACUGCUUUUUGAAAGAUGAGUGAGAUGGAAAGUGGCUCACUUCUUAAGCAGAUAAAGAUAGGUCACCCAGCACUGCUACUUCUCAGUCGCCCAUUGAAAGAUGGAUGAGAUGGAAAAGGUAAAUGGAUUACUUGCCGGGAAGAUAAAGAUACUUAGGUGACCCACUGCAACUUCUAAUUCCCUCUCGCCAAAACCGGUGCUUGGUGCGGUCCAGCCAUGGAGCAGCUGCGUGUCGGAUCUCUAGGCACCGCUGUCAAAUUCAAGCGGAAAGCAUCUUCUGACAUGUAUGUCGUUUAUUGUCACUUAAGGCGCAUUCGCAACCACAAUCUGUUACUGAAUCUGUUUCGUCUCGCUGGUAGUCUAGGACGACUAUUAGAGACGCGAAGGAAUGAAUAAUGAUCAUCCAGCACGCACUCCGCGGCAAGCCUCUUGAAGCUGUCCCUUCCAUAAGGGAGAGAUGAAAGGGACAUCUUCAAGAUGCGUCCCAUCAAGAACAUCCCGAGUACUAUCGGAAUAUUCAGGAGCGUGAGCUCUAAGUCGCGUGGACGUCCUUUGUGCCAGAGAUUUGCCUGCCAUGGACGAAAACGGGCUGUGUGACCCAACUUGGAUCGUGCAAGUCCAAAAUAAGCAGCAAGUGUCUCUCCAAGUCCCACCCUCUCUGAAUCCGACCUAUGUGCAACGUGUGGUGAUCCCGUAUGAAGUCUACAUUCCGCCGGUCUACGGUCAUCAUGGAGAGGUGUUGCGGAAGCGGGUUGGGAACGUGAAUGGGUUCUUGCAAUUGGAAGCGGAUCCAAAUAAUCCAUUACUUAUGUUGAGGAGUAGUAAGUUGUGAAAAUUAGGGUCUGCUAGAUUGCAUCUCGGCCCCCCUUUUCUUGGGGUCCCUUUUACCUUGUAUUUCAUGAGAAUACAAGGGAAAAGGGGACCGAGAUGCCGAGAAAGAUGGAGAAAAGCUGACCAUAUAAAUACAUGCCCAGAAAGCGGGCCCAUCAAGGGCCCGCUGCGCUGGGCAUAGGUUAACAACUAGACAGGUUGACUACUAAGAGACAGAAAGACAAACGAAAAAAGCCGCCAAGUCUACUCGCCAAGGCUGGGGAGCUGACUCCCACUGUGGCGAGGCUAGUGAGGAGGCUACCGCUAUGGCAGGCCACUGCCUUGGCCAACUUGCUUGCUAAGAGCAAGCCAAUGGGCGCCAAGGCUGGCCCGCUGAGCGUUUGGAGACCACCGCGCCCGACAAUCACCGGUGGCGGAAAAUCUUGGCGAAAAGUUGCCGAGGCUCACGCGCGCGGCCCUUGUCCUUGUCUCAUUAAAACGAAGCCCAAAGGAGCUCCGAAAACGAAACCGACACAACCCACACACGGACAGGCCAACCACUGCGCCGAGAGCAUCACAAGCCGGCGAACCAGUCCGCGGCGCAGCCUCACGCCAAAUUCUCAAACGAAUGCACAACGCCAGAGGCCUCCCAAGCCUGGAGAGAAGAACAGAGAAACCACAAAAACCACAGACAACAAGCGCGGAGCCUUAUGCGGUUUCGUUGCAAGCUGUUGCGAGUUUGUUCUCAGCGAUCCGUUUCCGUGUCUUCAUCAAAAAAACACGGAAGACGAAAGCUUCAAAAUCUUCGCGGAAUGUUUGCGGAAAGUUUACAAGUUUUGACAAUGUUGGAACUUCAUGCACUUAUCUUUUCGGAAAGAUUCCGCAAAGAUUCUUUUGAAAGAUUUCGCAAACUUUUCGCCAAGAUUUUUUUUUUUUCAUAUAGAAAAAAAAACGAAGAGCCACCCCAGGCGUGCAAGCGCAGAAAGAUGGCCAACGCCGCCCCGUUUUGCCACUGCUUCCCCGCCCGCGUUUCCCGCGUCCUCCGCCCGGGUUCUCUACACCUCGAGGAGCUUGCACAGGCGUGCCGCGGCUGUAUUCCAAGCAGCGCCGACGCCAAUGACGUGCGGGCGGUCCGCACUCACCUGGCGCCGGGGCUGUCAACAACAGAGAAACACAACACAAAGACAAAGCACCCGAGGCCACGCCGCCGCCUUUUCCAUACUCGAAAAGACGGAGGCAACGAAGACCAACCCGGGCAACUUUUCGCGAAGAUCUCGCGGCCAUGUUUCGCAUCGACGCGGUGGUCUCCAAGAGCGUCACGGAGUCCAUGAGAAGGCCACGCCUGGACAUAUGUAGGCACAGAGGUUGGGCCCUUUUGAGUGUGAUCAUGUCCAGGAGAAUCCUAAAGCAUAGCAUACCCAUGGGAUGGCAAAAGGCUGACACUGGCGAGCGUCAUGGACGAGGCCCAUGAGAAAGCCACGCCUGGGCAUAUCUAUGCGCAGAGCCAGGAGCUGGGCCCCAACCUUCAGGCGCGGGGAUGUGUCUAUAAGGUUGGCUGGCUGUUUCAUGGACAUGACACAAGACGCCCACCACGGUCCGCGCCUCAGACAUGCAAUGGCCCACAGUUAUCAUCCUCACACACAGGCAUCGACGGAGAUGCAUGCGCCUGGCCUUCUCAUGGACAUGAUGACGCCCGCCAGGGUCCACCCUUAUCCACUUCCUCACAGACAUCGACAUCCUCAACGGCUUCGACUUUCGCAGGCAAAUCUGUACACCUUUGGCCCUGUCAUGGAUAUGAUCUGAUGACGCUCACCAGGGUCCACCCUUCAGACACGCAAGUGCUCAAGGCUAUCACUCUCACAGACAUCGACAUCCUCAACGGCUUCGACUUUCAACCACAGAGAUGUACAUCCUUGGCCUUCUCAUGGAUAUGAUGACGCUCACCAGGGUCCACCCUUCAGACAUGCAAGUCCUCACGGCUAUCACUCUCACAGGCAUCGACAUCCUCAACGGCUUCGACUUUCAAGCACAGAGAUGUAUACCUUUGGCCUUCUCAUGGCUAUGAUGAUGCUCACCAGGGUCCACCCUUCAGACAUGCAAGCCCUCACGGCUAGGGCUAUCAUUCUCACAGACAUCGACAUCCUCAACGGCUUCGACUUUCACACACAGAGAUGUAUGUCUUUGGCCCUCUCGUUGAUGUGAUGACGCUCACCAAGGUCCACCCUUCAGACAUGCAAGCCCUCAAGGCUAUCAUUCUCACAGAUAUCGACAUCCUCAACGGCUUCGACUUUCAUACACAGAGACGCAUAUCUUUGGCCUUCUCAUGGAUAUGAUGACGCUCACCAGGGUCCACCCUUCAGACAUGCAAGUCCUCACGGCUAUCAACAUUCUCACAGGCAUCAACAUCCUCAACGGCUUCGACCUUCACGCGCAAACUUGCACACCUUUGGCCUUCUCAUGGAUAUGAUGAUGCUCACCAGGGUCCACCCUUCAGACACGCAAGCGCGCACGGCUAUCAUUCUCACAGCCGUCGACAUCCUCAACGGCUGCGACUUUGAAGCGCCGAGAUGUAUGUCUUUGGCCUUCUCGCGAAUCAAUGUGAUCACGCUCGUCAGCCUCUGCCUUUUCAAGUGCUCACCCUCUCCCUUACAAUUCUCCCGCUUUUGUGCUGGUUAGUAGUAGACUGGUCAACCAUCUCCAAGGGCUGCCGCGCGCUCCUGUGGUGUGCCGUGGUCGAUUGCUGUGCGCGGAAGGUAGUCGCGGAAGGGGAGCGAGCUAACUUUUUUCCAAAAACUUCAGGGAGGUCGUUCAGUUUUCUCUGUAUUUGAAUGACCUCCCUGAAGUUUUUGAGAAAAAGUAAAGGCGUCGGGCGAUAUAUGACAAGGGUAGCGGUUGGAAGUUCGUUGGGGCGAUUCGCUAGGGGUGGGCGCGUAGUGUCUUGCUGCAGGUGUGGCUGGUGUACGUGAGUAGCCUACAAACUAACAGCCGCGAACACGUUAGCACGUUCUUGACACUUUUGGCCUCGUAGUACUAGCAAGGUCCUUAAGGAGCCGCUGUUAUUAGCCCAAGUUUAUAACAACUUGCCCUUAAGGGACCUCCUUAAGGGAAUUUUUUUCUUCUUAAGGAAAGUCAUAAUAACUUUUUAUAAUAAAAAUUCCUUAAGGAAACUGAUUUCCUUAAGGAAGCGCCUUAAGGAAGCUCCUUAAGGGAGCUCCUUAAGAGAUUUCUGGGAAUUGCUAAUACUAUAAAUACUAAUAUAAUGAGAUGGAUGGAUACUUGGAAUGUUUUUGGGCCUAGUCGAUCUAGAAGAUUCUCGUAAGUAGCCAUAAAGAUAAUUGAGCUGGUGUAACGGAAAACAACUCCGGAUAAUCUAUUUACUUGUUUGUAGUUCUGUUUCUUGAGUUGUUCCCUGCUUACCUGACUUACUACCUCAAUAACCUCCCAAACAAAGAUUGCCUCUUCCACUUCCUCCUCUCUAACUCCACCCCCGUUCGCCUCAUCGUUAGAGACCGAGACGUCGGGAACCCUCUGCUUUUUGUCCCUGACGAAUUCCAAGAGAUCGCAACGAUUGCAAAUCUGAGACCCCAGAACCUCGAUGCCAAUUCCUUAAAGCUUGCAAAAAACACACGUGGAGCCAGUACCUACGAUGGUCGAGUGCGCUUGGACGAGGCGCACGUACCAGUGUGGCAGAGGAUGGAUGCGCAGGAGGAUGGACUCACUUAAGGAGCGAGGGUGUUGUUGAGGAUGGGGUUGUUGAUAGUAGAACCAGCGCUCGCCCGAGGUGGACAUCUCACAGGGACAACUAGGGCAACUCAAAUCUAACACUUAUGUGGAUUUUGCCAGCAGGCUUUGCUGUAAAUUGGAAGUUGUAGUAAUUGGGCGUCAAGAAAGCAUAAUUGAUUAAUUAUAGGAUGAAGAUGAUGAGGUCGUGGGAUGUCAACUCUAACUCCCCUUCGAGCAAAACGACCGACAAAAAGGCAGACAAGGGAAACCCCUAGUUUUGUGGGCAGCGGGAUACUCGCUCCAGCCAGGCAGUCAUCUGAUGUUCAAGACGUGGAGAUACGAAGGUCCAGUAGUCGGCAAAGGCACCUCCGCUUUAGUGGACGAGGAACAAAUCGUUCGCGGUGAGGGUAUGGUGCCGGAGAGGGAGAUAGAAUUAAGGCUCCUUCACUCUAGUAGAUGAAAGCAUAUCAAUCUACUUCUUUUUAGUCACGACACCUCAUUUCCAACAAGGGAAAACUAUUUCUUAUUCGGACACCACCAGGAUGCUCAGCUCACGGGGCCAUGGCUGGAUUUCUAGUAAGGCCUAGUCUAAUAUAAGUCGGAGAAGAAAUCGAAUUCGAGUACAUGUUGAACGGCUGCGGCAAAGUGGCUGGUGUAAACCAGUGGAUCACGAAUUUUGCACCGGAUAUGAAGUCCUGGGUUUUCGUAGAGGGCCAAGAGCGAAAUUUGGACCCAACACCGGUGUUCAAGAUCAAUACGGGAGAGUUUAAGUAUUUAUGGGUAUAACAUGUUGAUGGCGUUUGGAAAAGUAGUUCUGGUGAGUAGUUAGUUGGACGACUUCUAGCGGGAUUCUGUUUCUGUCAGUCUCAUUGUAGCCGCACAAGGCGCGAAAUAGGCCUCAAAAAUUCACCUCUCUUAAAAAAGUGCUUUGUAAAGUUGGGAAACCUCCGAAAGGAUUGGCAAAAUCAAUCACAAAAGAAUUUGACGCUCCGAGGACGACCUCUAACAGAAUACCGGCCAACGCUCGACCUCCUCGGCAUUCGACGCGUCUCUCCGGAUAUCAAGUAUGGGCUGAACCUGAGGAUUCGGUCUUUUUGGCGAAACCCUUUAUUAAGGCUAAAGAAAUCCGUCUUCUUUUUUUAGCUGCCCUCUAAAAAAGCUGCUGUCAGUCUAAGGGAAAAGAAGCACCAGCCAGGAUGCUUGUGGAGAUGGAUUUCUCUUGGUUCUAACUUUAGAUAUCGAACUGGACGACUCCGAACUACCGACGAUCAACAUCAAGGGCGUCGUGCCUCCGCAGAAGGAGUGGGAGGCCUUAGCUGAGAAAGUCAAGAGCAUCAUGCGGCUGGUGCCGACUAGAGACGAUGAAAAUGUUAAGGCUUUUGUCAAUUACUCUUUGGUAGUGGUGUGAGGUACAGGUAUUAUAGGGUGCACGUUUCCUAUCCUAUCCACCUAUCCCGGUGCAGUGAGAUAUCCUGAGAAGUGGAAGCCCCCAGAUAGACCUGAAGAGAAGUGGAAACCGCCUGAUAAAUUUCAAGAGGAAACUUACCAGGGGCUUGAAAUCUAAGCUCACUAUGUGACCACUCAGCUCAAUAUAGACCGCGGUCGAUAGUGAUUGACUACCUUUAAGAAUGCUGGUGGCGGUGGGGACAGGAAAAGUCAGGCAUCAAUCAAUAGUCCGGGGAGAAGCUCCCUGGGUGGAUCCAGUGCGGACGUUGAGCUGGCGUCGAGUGUAGCCACAGACGUAGGGGUAGACGAAUUCCUGGGAGUGCGCGUUGUUUGCCCAGUGUAUCGUGCACCGCUGAUUCCGUACUUGCAGGUGUCAAUGAAGACUGAUACAAAUUCUUGUGCUGUUAGUCUUGAUGUUUGUAAUGUGUAAGUCUUGAUGUAGUUGAUGUUCAUCAUGGAGAUUUUGAUAUACUGUCUGAGUAGUCAUUUCUCUGAUUUUUCUUAGUGACAAUAGACGCAUACAUCACCAUGAUGACUAUCCCAGGCCGCAUGGCUUUCGACGCAGAAACACAAGCAUACUAAGACCAGAGUAGCGUCCCAGAAACUAGCAAACGAGAUUCGAGGCGGAAAAGCUGGGUAUGGCACGACAGGAGACCUACUACAUUUCUUUCUCUAGCAAAAAGUUCUAGAAGUAGGUUGUCAGCUUGUUUCUAUCCAAAAGUCGUGGUUGUAACAAUUUUCAACUUUGAGCGACCAGCCGCUUCGUCCUCAAACAAGAGUGCUCAGUCUCAGUGCUGCUUGUUCUACAGUCCUCAUCAUUCGUCCACAUCCAACAUUGUUCUUGCCCCAACACUGUUCUUCACCUCCUUCAUCUCCUUACGAAAGGCGGCCAGGCGGUUAAUCUGGACAGUCCAGAAGAGAUGAAGUUUGCCUUGCUGCCGUCCGUCGCCUUCAUGCUUCAGUCCAGCAUUGGCUUAGGAGACUUUGGCGCGUUGAGUCUUCCACUACAGGAAUACGCUAGACCGGGACGAUCUCAGGGUGCAUGGUUUGAAAACGUGGCUGCAAGGAUGGAAGGAAUGCCACCUGCUUAUCAUUAAGGCUGUAGCUAGUGCAUCUUUGACUGCAUCCUUGAAACGUAUGAGGGAGUAUUACAAGGGAAGACCCCCCUAUACUUUUCAAGGAUGCACUUCAAAGAAAGGUGAACUUCUUCGGACAGUUCUAAUAUCAAGGCCUCGCACCGAUGAAGCAUGUGACUUCGGAUCCUGUCGCGACAGUUGUCUACAUUGAUGUCUUCUCGGAACAGGAAGUUAAGAGAAUUGAUGAUGCUGAAGAUCGUAGCCCACGCCAUUGAUCUCUAUCGGGGGAUAACGGUACAAGAAUAUUCGAAGACUCAAAAUAACCGAGUUACUGACUCACUGAAAUAAGGGAGGUACUAGCUUAACGCCAAGGCUACUCUUCCUUCUCAUCAGUAUCUCGGUUAUUCUGAUCAGUUGCCUGCUUAUUUCCGUAGUUUUUCGAAUAGUCGCCUUAGUCUUACAUGAUACAUGGAUUGCAAUUGCAUCUGUACACUGCUUUCUUUGCAGUUGUUUGCACGGCUGCUAAGGGUGCCGUAAAUCUUCUAACAACCGAAGUCUCUGGUGGGAUAACGACGCUCGGAUGGGCAGAAACAUUAGAUCGCAGAGUCUCUUCCGAGUGAACGAUCAUAUGCAGUUCCUGAAUCCGGCAGACUACUUCCUCAACAACAUGCAACUUUUGGAUGACGAGUUCACACAGAGUCCGAUCUUGUAUGCGGAUCGGAAAAAUACGACUGUUUUUAUGGUCGUGGCACUGGGUCGCACUAGUGCUGGUGGAAUAAAUUUGGAGUUUGUUACAUACUACUUAAUACUUGCGUAGCGUCAUAAUUGGCUUGUGUCAUCUUACAGCCCUUUUUUUAUUCAAGAAAGAAGGAUUAGGAAUGGUUGCCAACAGCGUCAAUUAUUUCCGAUAAUCAGCGCUGUCUUUAUAUCUUCUGUACCCCAUGGUUGUGUACGCUUCUACCACCUCUAACUUCCACCCUGACGGCAAGGACGUGGUGACCAUGUGCUUACAGCCCUUUUACGAUUGGGCCGAGAGGGGCAGUCCGCAAGUGGUCGAGCUUUACCUCAGUAAUAAAGCCUUCUGGGAAACGGAGCUCACCAUGUUUAGACGUGACUGGACAGUAAUGGUACCGAAGAUGGUGGGGGUUAAUAAAGUUAAGGCUUUGAGGAUGGGCUUGAUCUUGAUCUUAACUAGGUUCUUUAAUAUCUCUGUUUCUAUUUUUUACCUCAACAUGUUGAAAUAUUAGGUGCAUGAAGAAGGCCUCGCCCUCGUCUAACAAAAGCCAAGCUAGCCAUAUGGUGCGGAAGGUGUUUUUUUGGAACACAGGCCGCCUGAGUCGGAUGAUGCGCGCAUUCGGGUGGAGGUAAUUCUACAAUAAUCAAAUUGCAGAAUUCCGUUAACAGGAUUACUUGUUCGCCGUCGUCAACAUUUCGCUCUUUCUUGUUCCCCUUGGAACAACAUACUCACUGCACUCCGUGUUCCAGCACACAUUCGAAAUCUUCAAGGUACAAGUCCCGAUAUCAUCGACCAACGCAUAUUCAACUGGUGGUGCAUGGGAAAACGAAAAACCUGAUCAUGCCACCAGACGAACAAAAGCAGCCAGGAGAGGACGAAGAUUCUGAAGAUUAAGGGUAGUGCCUCCAGUCCUUCUUAAUCUUUUCUAUAUUAUGUAUGAGGAGUAUCCCUAAAAACGUGGGUCUGGCGCUGGGCGGUAUUUCCGAUAAGGAAGUAGAACCCUAGUCCCUAGAGGUCGAGCAUCGUAACCGUAUAGAAUACAAGGGAUACAAUUCUCCAUUUUUUGGGAUACCUGCCACAGAAGUGCUUACACAAAGGAGACUCAUCAGGUCUCGGGAUACCCACAGAAGUGAUACUCUUGAGGGACACCCAAUAAAAUCACAAGUGAUACUCUUGAGGGAUUCCCGUAUAGACACUACAGAAAUGAAUAACGCGUGGCUCUAAGAAAAAGAAGCACUAGAAGCGGAACUGUCCGGCGAGACCGUAGAAGAGAAAGCUGAGCUCAGAUCCCAAGUAGAUCCGAGGUCGAAGUUAAGACUCCUCAUGGUGUUGAUUAUAUUUGGCAGUCUGCACUGAAUACUGUGCGAGAUUAAUUGUAUCGUAUUGUAUUGCUUCACUGUGCUCCUUUUCCUCAUUUUGAGAAGGUAACCUACUACCUCGCUACUUGUGAUUAAGAAACAGCCUCAAAGUCAAGUACCAGAUGGAAGACGCUCACACUGAAUUAUUAUAAGAUAUAUAACUACGUGAACUCCUAAGUCAUAGCGCUUCAUUCUACCUCUACUAUGUCUAGUUCCACCAUUUUGGCUUCUACCUCGUCAUCUUCGCGUACGAUAACAGCAAGGGCUUCUACCUGAUCUUCUAAGACAAGGCACAAAGCAAGCAGUCGCAAACCUAGAGUAUAUGCGGAAGAAGGAGGGCAAGUCACUAGCGGAAGUGGACGCUGAGCGGGAGAAAUUUCAUCAGUGGACAUUUCUGAGACCGGUCGGUCAUAUCAUCACGGAGCAUGAUUUAUGAACAAAGAAAUGGCACCGAUGGCGCCCUAGGUUUUGGUUUGGUUUGUAUUACAUUUCAUGAUCAUUCAUGGUGGGGGCUACGUUUUGUUCUUCGGAAAUUUAAGAUCUCACUUUUAAGUAUUGAAUUAGAAUUUUUACUAGCAGUUCUAGUUCUAGUUCAACAUGUUGUUGGUCGUCGUGGGUGCUCUUCCUCUUAGUCAUCUUCAAUCUGGGUUGAUCACGAUCAUUUGUUGAUUAUUUGUUGCCCAACGUGCUUCUUCAUCUCACCGUGACUCCAAAGUUCUGGCACGCUUCCGCAUGAUCCACUUGAUGGAUGAGCCUCUGGAUGGGUAUCACGAGGACUAUGCCGCAGAGGUAGAGGAAAAGGACGAAACCUUGAGGCAUGCCAUCCUCUUAAGGCUACGUACCGCUGAAGCAUCAUCCUCAGAAUCGUCAUUUUAUUUGGGUCUUUUUCUGCUUGAAUAAGAUGUUGCCAAUGAUGUACUAGUUGCUACCAAGGCUCAUGCCAAGAAUGCGGUAGCUCUAAUGCUUGGAGAAUGCUUAUCUUCUGCGGAUGAGGGGGUCUCGCCGGCUGAUGCAGGUGGAGACGGAGGUGCUGGAAGUGGUCGACGGAAGGAUGAUAGUUAUGAUGGUAUUGCUUGUUCUUGGGAGGCUGAUUCAAAUUCAUUGUUAUAUUGUUUUUCCUUCUACUGAACGAAGAGUGAAGAUUCUGUUGUUAUUCUUCUCGCGUCCAUGCAAUCUAACGACGUCUUGCUCACUCUGUCUUCCUCAUUGUCAUGACACUCAUCUAACGUCAAGGUACUGUAGUCUUCCUCAUUGUCAUGACACUCAUCUAACGUCAAGGUACUGUAGUAGGUGCCGCAGUUGCUGGUGGCGGAGGUAGCGGAGGUGAUUCUAGACGGCCGUCGAAGGGUGUUAGUUCUCCAUCGGCUGGAGCGAAGAAUAAAUCCAAGCAGAUGUAUCCGAGAUACUCAAACAACUUCGUGACAGUAAAGUACGGCCUGCGAAGCACUGAUGGUCGACGAAUUUUACGAGCACAAGUGGUGUGGGCGCCGCCUAAAGAGCGGCAUUUAUUCGCCGAACCAGGUGAAAUUCUUUUUGUGUUGAAGCUGUUGGAAGGCGAGAACGAAGGGAAUUAUAUCCAAAUCGUGGCACCAGGAUUCGAUCUGCGGUUUCCGUAUUUAUGCUGAGAGAAACGAAGUAGUUUUUGUUUUAGAUCAAGACGAAAACAGCGAUCAGUUGUCUGCAUAAAACAAAGAGUAUGCUGCUGUAUGCGGAAUGGAGUCUCCACCUGCACGUCGACGUCUCUCCUCGUUCUGAUUCAUUACUGUAGCUCAUCUACUUCUACAGUACAAGUUGUACGUACAAGAAGUAUUCCUCUCUUCUAAGAAACGAAACAAGCUACUAUGUCCGCAAGACCUUGAUGGAAAGGUGGCGCACAUUAGAGAGGCAGAUCGCGGAAACGACAAAGAAGAUCAAAGAUGCUGGAGACCAGACAUCCCACCAACCGAAGAAGAAAAAGAAGCAAACAAAGAACGAGGAGGUAGACUUGGAACCAAACGGGUUUUCUGUCAGUAUACCUGUUAUGGCUGGUGUAAAUAGAUAGACUUGAAGAGGAAAAUAUAUAAUACAGAACACACGUCGGACACAAGAACACAGCUCGGAGACCAGGUCUGACAGUCUGGCGCUGGCCUUUACAUUAGCAACCUGGCUUUCUUUGCUCCGCUGUUGAGUCAAGGAUCAGACCCUUCCUCGUCUAACCGGAUCCGCUCGAACGAGUUUGUGGUGCGGUUAUUUCGAAGAUAUGGAGCUUCGAUUUUUGACCGAGAGCAAACGGAGAGCUGGUACCGGAAGUAUUUGGGUGACGUCUUCGAGCCCGUUUUCAAGGAUGCCCUUGCUAUGGUGAAGAUGGUGUAUCUACAUGUACUAGCUAGCUAAUAGCAGGUGGUACUUAUUUACUGGGUGACCUCACAGGUACUUAGACAUGCACAGCUACAAACGAGGUUCCAUGACGUGACACGUGAAGGUGGUGAAGACGCAGAAGUGCAAGAAGUAGGUAGGCUUAAUAGUUUUUAGAUCAAGUUCUUCUUCUAAUAUCACCCAAGAAGUGGAAGAAGUCCAGAGCAAAUCGGGGAUGACAACGGACAAAUGGAAGCACAGGUUCCAGAUGGAUUCCAUGAACAUCAGAAAAGACCUGGUAGUGGGCGAAAGCAUGUUAAGGCUUCUUCGAUUCCAUUUGUUCUUCCUCACAGGCACUAGUACUCUCUCCGCUCCGAUGCCCAUUUGUUCUCUCUAUUUAGGUAUGGAUCGAUCAUUCGAUUUGAAGGUACAACGGGGAGGGUGAAUCGCCUCAAGAUCGUUAGUUACAGGAUGGAAAUAGAGGUGUCAUGACAUGACAGCCGUAUCCUAUACUUACAACUCACGACAUUUAGAGAAUAUAAUUCUUGACGAGGGAUAAGGAGGACAAUCCCCAGGGAUGGAUUGAGGGAAGCCCUUCUAAGCAUGGACUUCGUGGGCGAGCUCAAGGGCCACGUCACCUUAGAGGACAUCCCGGCAUCGAAACUCGAUAUGGUGCCAGAAGGUGCAGACUUCUUCGAGACCAUACCCCAACCUCUGCCGAUCCCACUCAACCGCUUCUGGCAGACUGAUACCAUGAUGGUGCAUAUUUACUUAUGACUUGAGGAUGGACACCUGCACCUCCAUGAUGGGAAAAAAAAGAUAAAAACUGAUGUUGCUUGUAAAAAAGCUACGCUGUUUACUUAUGGUUUUCUGAGGACGAAAAUGACAGUAUAUUUAAUCAAUGGGAGAUACAUUUGGUGCGUGAUGCCGAUCAUUAGAGCGACGUUUUUGUCUCUUCGUUUCACUCUGAGUUUGGUGUCAGACCAUGAGAAAGAUUCGUGUGUUACAGACAAUUCUCCCGAGGAUCCUCCUUUUCCCUCUAAUCUCCGUCCUCACUGCGCGCAAUCUGAUCAACAGCGGUGGGGUUGGGACAGUGUGUCCUUACUUAACCGCAACCGCUGGCGCAACAACCGUGGUUAGCGAGAAGCGAUCAGCAGAAGCGACUAACAACCCAGAUUUUUACUUAUGACUUGGACAACAGUUGGACUACUAUUAAAUCUUCACUUAAUAUGACUUGGACAUUGAAGCUCGUGCUCGUAAUUUCUUCGUUCCUCAGAACAUCAAAUGCUCCACAUCAAAUGCUCCACUAGUUUCUCUUCUACGUCUUGUGUGAAGUACGUAUUUGAACCGCAGUUCUUGACUUCCUUAAACUUCUUUCCUUAUAAAGCUCAUCUAAUCUCGGAACAUUUCGAAGUUCCACUACAAAUUCCUGGCACCGAUGCGGUGACGAUCAGCGUAAUGAAUCAGGGCACGAUCAGCGAUACCAAGAUCGGGCAAAUCGACGUGGAUAUCGAGGAUCGAUGGCAAGCCGUGUUGCAGAAAGAGCUCACUGAAGUGACUACGCUCAAGUGGUUGCAGAGAUUAUGGCCAGCGUAGAGCUGAGAUUACACGCAUUCUCAACUGUUUCAACUACUUCUAUAGAAUUAUCCCGAUGAUUCGGAACUUCCAUAGAACUAGUACCUCGAUCCUUCGGAUGUAGAAGUUCUUCGUCCCUACUGGCAAAAGACUAUCAGAUGAAAAAAUUUAUGUCAGUCGUGAAGCUACUACAACCUAGUUACUUACACCUCGAACUGAAAAAAUUUGUGUCAGUGAAGCUACUACAACCUACUUACUUACUCACACCUGAAGAUCAGGCACAAUCAUCAUCAUGAAAAUAUUUGUGUCAGUGAUCGCCCUUUUUCAUCCUCCCAUCUUUCCGAGGAGGGCGUGGAUCCAGAGGAUGGCGACAGGAUUCCCUCUAGUGUUGCGCCAGGCAAGCCUUUCCCGAUUGAGUUCGGGCAAUUGUCCCACAUCGACCCAGAAUCCAGUUUGAAGACACCUGCUGGCAGCAUUCGGUAUUGUUAUGGCUUGUUGCACUAGUCAUCGUCAUGAUUGAUUUUGAUAAGCGCAGUUGGCUUAGAAGUGGUUACUUAGGCGUUGACCUGUACACUUAUGCGGACUUUGGAGGUUGACACAGGAUGCUGAAAAAGGGGACAAGGGGAGUACGGCCAGUAGUACUGGCAAAAUACGAGAGGGGAUACAGCAUUUUCUCCUUCAUCUCCAUUCAGAUUCAAAAAAAAAAAUUAGUUUAUGAUUCUAAUCUACGACGGUCUCUUGUGGUCUCGUUUCGUUUUUAGUCUAUAUUAGUCUUCUCCCCUCCUAACCCACUAUUUCAAAAAAAACCCAUCGAUGACCUAUGUAGUUUUUUUUGAAAUAGUUUUUAAUUCUAAUCUACGGUCGACUUGGUUCCCACCGAAGAAAAUUACCAGAACUGUGAGAUAGCGGCGGCAAAAGCAGCAGCCUGCUUUGAGAUCCGGUGUACGGUAUGGAACGUCAAGGGCGUGAGCAUUUUCAAAGAUGACGGACAGAGGAACGAUCUGAUUGUGCGAGGGACGCUGAUUGUACGAAGUAUAGCAGGGGAAGUGACGAGAUAUACGAAAGUACUACUUAUUCUCGAUCUACUAGUAGCUGCUAGUCCUGGAUUCUAGCAAGAAGUAGCUAGUACUAGGUUUUUUACAGUCUACUUCUAAAUUGUUCAAGAAUGUGCUAGAAGCGUGGAUCAAUGCUAGCUGUUGGCACUUCUAGUCUAUGAACAAUGCUCUUUACCAGGAAACCGAUUGCCACAAGCUCUGCAAUGCAGACGGUAACUUCAACUGGCGAUGGAAGUAUGACGUCGAUUGUCCUGCUGCGAGUGCCAGUCUAGUGCUGCAAUUACUGGACUCAGACGCGUUGUCGGAUUCCGAACCACUCUACGAUCCUGAAGUUGUGCCUCUCGAUCACCACUUGCGCCUGGCUUACACGAAUUUCAGGGAUAAGCCAGGUACUGAUAGCCUGAUGCUCCUUUCUACUAGCCGGAUAUCAUAAGAUCAAAUACAUCUCCUGGGGUUACACUUACAACUUUAAUCUAAUUUAAAUAUCAUUGCAACUUUAAUCUAAUGUCAAGGACAUUGUGGGAGUGCUUCUAAAUCCACACUAGUGGUGUUUGAAUAUGCUAUAUCUAGUACUACAUGAUGUACAUGUACGUCCAGGUACUAUAUUGGUGUUUGAAUACACCUGGACGUACAUCAUGUACUAGAUUCGGAACAAUGUGCUGAUAUUUCCCUAUCUGCAACUCUCACCAGAAAGAUGAGAUGAACUAGAACUCGGCAACAUUGAUUUUGAUCCUCUAGUACAACGUCAAUCCAAAUUUUGAAAGGUGAAGUCCUCGGCGAACGUAGGGUGCAUGUCGUAUUUGAUUCGUGGCCUGCGGACGCGCCAAAACCUGUCUCCGUUUCCUGCUGUCCAUGCUGUAACAGGACGCGAAAUCUUAUGGCUUCCAGCAUGGGUGACUGUUUCACUUUGAUCAUUACUUGCAUUUGAAGGCUGUAUUCCAAACUCCUUCUUCCUCGAGAUUAUGUAAGUGCAACGAACUUUUUUUUUUUCAAAUUCAAACUUCACUUACAGGGUCGUUAGUAGCGUUGUAGUCAUACUUCGUCGCAGCAUCACGCUUGUGACGCCUUCCGCUUUGUGUAACUGAAUAAACAAGUAAUAACAAGAGCCGGCCGCAACUCAGUACAGUGGAGCAAGGACAGGCGGGCAAAAUAGCACGGCCCUCCCUCGGUCUUGCCGUUCUUCUCGUCUUCUCCUAACCUAACACUUACCUGCGAGGUUCUCCCUUUCCCUUAACUCUUCUAAGACCCCAACGCCAGCAACGCUGAUGGCCGAUAUACAUGUAGUGCCAAAAGUCUGGGCCAAUGCGAACCCAGUAGGCGAGGGACGUGAAGGACCAAAGCCGCUGCCGGAUCCAGAGUUAUGAGUUCUUCCCUUCCUGAUGUUUGUCGUAGUUCUCAUGGAGGACAUGAUCGACGGUGAUACCUAGUGUCUUCAGUAAGUACUUACGUUGAUGUUUGUCGUAGUUGUCAUGGAGGACAUGACUGACGGCGAUAUAGCAGAUAAAUUACUAGAGACGUCAUACAUAAGAGAUGUGCCUGUGAUUUCAGAACUCUUAUCAGAAGAACCCAUACCCAACCUCCAUUCCCUUCCUUCUAAUCCUUGGUCGCGUUUCCUGGCAGAGUGCCUUGAAAAAUCCAGUGAUGUUGAUGAAGCUUUUGCUGGGGCCUCAAAAAGUGGUUUACUGCCGAUGGCUUUGUGGUUGCACGUUCUUUACCACGUUGGCGCUGUCAGUUUUUUUAAGGCUGGAGUCGAAGUUCAAGUUGUUUACUGAAAAAAUUGGAGCUGGCUCUUCUUGUUGCAGUGCAAGUACUUCAUGAAGGAGGGGCUAGAAGUAGUGCUGUAAUCUUGCACUGAUACUGAUACUGAAGUAGAAGAGAAGUAGUGCUGUAAUCUUGCACUGAUACUGAUACUGAACCUGAACAACCUGAAGCCUUCGGAAAGCUAGCUGGCAGUCACUUUUAGCCUUCCAAAGUUGAUCUCCAUGUAGUUACUCGGACAUCUCUAACAAUCGGCAUCCUCUUCUUGGUAAGCCAGACGGCGGGCAGUAGCGGUUUGGGGGUCAUUGACCGAUAGAUCUCCGAAGAUGCGAGGAUAGAGAGCAAUCCUUCCUCGAUUCGGGGAAGGCUAACGUUUUAACCGCCUGGGUUAUGGACGCCCAAAAUCCAACAACCACACACACUACACAUACAAGGUACGAGAGAGAUAACAUUUUUUCAUUGAUCACCCUAAGACCGGACUUGGACUCUUAUAACGCUGUCUACGUAGGAGAAGUUGGGAAUAUCGUAACAAUAAGGAAAUCCACCAAAGCAUGUUGUUCGAAGCAAGAGCUGAAAGUGAGUACUUCUGUAUAUCAGUAUUAAUACAACACCAGCGUCAAUGUACUGAGUUGAAAAGGGUGCGGUAGUAGUAGAAGUGUUGAAGAUUGCUACCUUGACGUUUCAUUUUAGGUUGAAGAUGAUAGAUCAUCAUUUUUUUAGGCAAAACCAAGGUUGUACUAUUGAAUAGGCGAAACAGAUGAAAAGCUUGAAGGUCCUAUCUUAAAUAUUAGCUCAGUCAUAAUUUUGAAGGUUGUUGUACUCUUUGUGGGACAUGGAAGUAAGAAUCUAGCUGGUCUACGUCGUCUACUUAUAAGUUUUGAAGAAGAUAUUUUGCAGGGGUGCUUGUUAGUUGCGUCAGAAUUCCUCUAGAUAGCGGGGAUUUUAUCUUCAGGUAGUGAAAGCACUGUCUAGGCAUCCUUAGUCGGUAUUGUGUCGUUUCUGUCUCGAGGCCCUACCAUCGCGCGAGAUCAUUGUAUGACACGAGAAUGAGGACGGAGUGUGCUCGAUGCUUUCGCUCUUUCUUCCUGCUCUUUAACUGACUAGUGGCUAGUCAUGGCCCGGCUCGCGUUGGGCCAUCAAUGCCUUUAACUUUCGUUGAUGCGGCCAGCUCUAGGUUCUAGCAUGGUGAACCGGUACCCUUGGACUUGUUAGAACAGGCGAACUAGAGCUGGUGCGAGCACCUACCUCCCCUUGUCUCCUUUCGCCAAUCGGAGCUGGAAGGUGGGACGCCAGGGGCUGAAGCAUCCCGUGUUUAGCUAAAUUAAUAACUAUUUCACUUUCUCUUCUUUCAACCUCGCCUCUUUUGCUUCGAUGUACGAGCGAUGAGCGUGAGAGAGCACAAUACAGCUGUAGCCCAACGACCUCUUGUUGCUGUACUUGCUCAAUGAUCAGGGACAACGACGGACAACAUCUCUCCUCUAUAUCUUCAGGUAGUGAAAGCACUGAGUGCUGACAACAAGAAAACAUUUUUUACUCUAGAUAGCGGGGAUUUUAUCUUCAGGUAGUGAAAGCACUGAGUGACAACAAGAAAACACUCUGUAUGUGUCUGUUGAUCCAGCCAACUGUCUAGGUUCUAAGAUAUAGAAAACAGUAAAAAACAGUACUUUCUCACACCAGCCAUGCUGUAGACUUAUCUUCAACAUGAGGGUGAACGAUACUAUCUUCAACAUAACGAGGAUGAACAAUAUUUGGUAGAUGGCAGGCUACUUAUAAUAUGACUAUGACACAAGAAGAAGAAGAACUUAGAUAGGCAUGAGUCCAAAUUGAAUUUGAAUUAUGGUUGCAAUCAGGUCCUCGUAAAUCGUAAUGAAUUAUUACCCCAAGAAGAAGAAGAACAAUGGAGGUGGUUUUGUGUAGCACUAUGUCCACUGGAGGCAGCAUGAUAUAAUUGGAUGGCCUCAAAAGUCGACAUUAAUAGCUACACAAGAGGCGCCGCGACAUGACACUUGUGAAAGAAAAACCUAGCAUGGCGGAAAAUGGAGAGUCGAAAUACUACUACUUGGCAAGUCGC